AGGAAGAGAGGGAGGGAGACACACACACACACACUGCAGGUGGGGGUUGCUUGUUUUGCUCUGUCCUACUUAUGGGAAGUACAAAGUGAGCUAAGCACAGAGUGAGCUAAACUGAGACAGGAAGAGGCACAGAAACAAAGAGAGAAACAGAAAAAAACAAAAAAAAUAGGGAGGCUCAGAGGGAACCCGAAGGCGACACAGAACAAGGGAGCUGCUCCAACAGAGACAGAGGAGACAGAUCUAGAGAGUAAUGCAGAGAUUGCGAGAGUGCUAGAGGUGUAGUGAGAACCCCAGAAAUGUCUCAUGACACAGGCUGUGAGACCCUCACAGUGAACAACCCCCCAAACCACACAGUCUAUGUCCUGGUGGGCACCAGUGCUGACAGCAUCCAGCUGCUCAGUCUGAGUCCUCUCCUCCCUGAGUCCGGCAUUGUCCCCGAUAUCGAUGUGGAGACUGCACUGGAAGACAGUGAGGAGCAAUUCUACCAGCUUAAGAGUCAGCCAAUCCCUACAAGUCAGACCCCCUUACAGGCACCAUUGGGAACCCCACAGACAUCUGGAACCAUGUCAUCACGGGUUCAACUACGGCAGCAGCUGAUGAGGGCUCAGGCGCAGGAGCAAGAGCGCCGGGAACUGGAGCAGCAGGCAGCGCAGAUCAUGGUGGAGCGCAGCACCAUUACUCCUGCCACGCCUGCCAUUAGUGUGAACACUGUUAGCCGCUCCACCUCUGCACAGGUUCCCCUCGAAGUAUUAAAGGUACAGACUCACCUGGAGAACCCCACAAAGUACCACAUCCAACAAUCACAGAGACAGCAGGUCAAGCAGUAUCUGUCCACUACCAUGGGAGCCAAGAUGCCCAUUCACUCCUCUGCUCCGGGCACCACAGCUGUGUCGCCUCAACCUGAGCAACAACCGCUUCCCUCAGCCAGUAGCGUCCCAAACAGCCCCCUCGCUAUGCUGAAAAUAGGAUCUAACCCGGAGAGAGAGAUUGAUGAUGUCAUUGAUGAGAUCAUAAGCCUAGAAUCCAGCUUACAAGAUGAGAUGGGAUAUGUAGAUAGAGGUCAUCUACCAAGCACUUUACCAGUGUCUGGGAAUAUCUUAGAUGUUUACUGCACUACUGGGAUGUCAGCACCAGUGAUUAAUGUGAGCAACUCAUGUCCUGCAGAUCUGCCGAACAUAAAGCAGGAAUAUACAGAGCACGAGGCAAAAGCGAUAAUUAAAGAGCGUCAGAAAAAAGACAACCACAAUCUGAUUGAGCGCCGAAGAAGAUUUAAUAUAAAUGACAGAAUUAAGGAGCUGGGAUCCCUCAUACCUAAAUCUAGUGACCCAGAGGUGCGCUGGAACAAGGGAACCAUUUUGAAGGCCUCAGUAGAAUAUAUUCGAAAACUUCAAAAAGAGCAGCAACGUGUAAGGGAGCUUGAGGGAAGACAACGUAAAUUGGAGCAUAUGAACCAGAGCCUGAUAUUACGCAUACAGGAGCUGGAGAUGCAGGCUCAGAUGCACGGACUUAACUCAACACCUCAAGCUUCUAUCACUACAUCAACUUUAAAAUUAGAGACUCAAUCAGAGGGAGUCACAAAUUUCAUGACUUCCAAUACCCAUCCACUUGAUCCUUCCACCCUAGACUUUGAAACACUCCACUUUUCUGACCCUUUAAAUGAUUUUGCUGACCAUAAUUUGAGCUUCGACUUGAGUAUGACUGGCGACUCAGCCAUUGCGGACAUACUGAUGGAUGAUGCAUUGUCCCCCCUUGGAGAGGCUGACCCUCUUCUCUCUGCAUUAUCUCCUGGCGCCUCCAGCAGUCGCCAUAGUAGCUUCAGCAUGGAGGACGAUUCUUGACUUCACGCGACCUGAAGAAUCCAAACUAACUGUCUCAAAGAAAACCUCCCCAGAUUAUAUCGCAAAGUAACUCAUCAAAAGGUCUUCAGGGAUGAAAACCACCAAACAGAUCCCUAUGAGUCUUCUUCGUCAAUCUGUCAGAGCAAUUAUACCAAACUGGCUCCUAAAUAUUAGGUUGUGUCGCCAGAUUGUACUUGUUUUUCACUCCUAGGGAGGUGUAUUUUUUAUAUAUAUUUGGGAAGAUGUUCAAUUUCACUCCAGGGAAUGAAAUAUUUCUCAGUUUUUUGUGUGUUUGAGGAGUUGUUGAGGGAAAUGGUAUCUCUCAACACAAACUGGGUAAAGAGGAGAGUGAAAAACUUAUAUGAGUUGGGACAAAAUGCCUUAUGUCAGGAAGCCACAAAGCAGGUUCCUUAUGGUCAGAAACUGGGGUGAAUUACGCAAUAAUGGAUUAAAUAUAUUGCCCACAAUUUCACAAAUUACGUGAGGUUUCAAAUAUAUUUUCAAUUUGCCCUCAGAUUAAGCCAGUUGGUUACCAAUGAAAGCAAUGAGCAGAGGUAACUCUUUCAUUAUUAGCCAUGCCUAAUAUAGUGAGAUUCUGUGUUAACCAAUGAACACAAAGAUAAAUCAAUAUGAUCUCUCAAAGUUAGAUAACACUCUUUUUGCUUUGUAGUAAGAAGAUAUUUUUUAUAAGCAAUUAUUCUAAAGGGAAAUGUAAAACUUCUAGAAUACAAAUUUAGCUGCAGAGAAGUCCCGUGACAGCGCUGCUGGUUGAACAGGUGUGAAAUAGCGAUGCUGCAGGCAGUGUAGAUGUGUGGUCACAUGACUGCAGGCGGGAGAAGGACCAUGGUGCAUGUAGCAUUGCAGUUCAGUGGUAAAGCAGAAAGCAGUAUAGGUGUCUGGUUACACAGCAACAUGCAGGACUGGUGACCUAGCUGUAAGCAGCUCAUGGGCAAGGCUCCCGUUAGUAUAAGUGUGUGGUUACGCUGCUGCAGACAGGACUGGUGACCUAGCUGUAAGCAGCUCAUGCGCAAGGCUCCAGUUAGUAUAAGUGUGUGGUUACGCUGCUGCAGACAGGACUGGUGACCUAGCUGUAAGCAGCUCAUGGGCAAGGCUCCAGUUAGUAUAAGUGUGUGGUUACGCUGCUGCAGACAGGACUGGUGACCUAGCUGUAAGCAGCUCAUGGACAAGGCUCCAGUUAGUAUAAGUGUGUGGUUACGCUGCUGCAGACAGGGCUGGUGACCUAGCUGUAAGCAGCUCAUGGGCAAGGCUCCCGUUAGUAUAAGUGUGUGGUUACGCUGCUGCAGACAGGACUGGUGACCUAGCUGUAAGCAGCUCAUGGGCAAGGCUCCCGUUAGUAUAAGUGUGUGGUUACGCUGCUGCAGACAGGACUGGUGACCUAGCUGUAAGUAGCUCAUGGGCAAGGCUCCCGUUAGUAUAAGUGUGUGGUUACGCUGCUGCAGACAGGACUGGUGACCUAGCUGUAAGCAGCUCAUGGGCAAGGCUCCAGUUAGUAUAAGUGUGUGGUUACGCUGCUGCAGACAGGACUGGUGACCUAGCUGUAAGCAGCUCAUGGGCAAGGCUCCAGUUAGUAUAAGUGUGUGGUUACGCUGCUGCAGACAGGACUGGUGACCUAGCUGUAAGCAGCUCAUGGGCAAGGCUCCAGUUAGUAUAAGUGUGUGGUUACGCUGCUGCAGACAGGACUGGUGACCUAGCUGUAAGCAGCUCAUGGGCAAGGCUCCAGUUAGUAUAAGUGUGUGGUUACGCUGCUGCAGACAGGACUGGUGACCUAGCUGUAAGCAGCUCAUGGGCAAGGCUCCAGUUAGUAUAAGUGUGUGGUUACGCUGCUGCAGACAGGGCUGGUGACCUAGCUGUAAGCAGCUCAUGGGCAAGGCUCCAGUUAGUAUAAGUGUGUGGUUACGCUGCUGCAGACAGGGCUGGUGACCUAGCUGUAAGCAGCUCAUGGGCAAGGCUCCAGUUAGUAUAAGUGUGUGGUUACGCUGCUGCAGACAGGACUGGUGACCUAGCUGUAAGCAGCUCAUGGGCAAGGCUCCAGUUAGUAUAAGUGUGUGGUUACGCUGCUGCAGACAGGACUGGUGACCUAGCUGUAAGCAGCUCAUGGGCAAGGCUCCAGUUAGUAUAAGUGUGUGGUUACGCUGCUGCAGACAGGACUGGUGACCUAGCUGUAAGCAGCUCAUGGGCAAGGCUCCAGUUAGUAUAAGUGUGUGGUUACGCUGCUGCAGACAGGACUGGUGACCUAGCUGUAAGCAGCUCAUGGGCAAGGCUCCAGUUAGUAUAAGUGUGUGGUUACGCUGCUGCAGACAGGACUGGUGACCUAGCUGUAAGCAGCUCAUGGGCAAGGCUCCAGUUAGUAUAAGUGUGUGGUUACGCUGCUGCAGACAGGACUGGUGACCUAGCUGUAAGCAGCUCAUGGGCAAGGCUCCAGUUAGUAUAAGUGUGUGGUUACGCUGCUGCAGACAGGACUGGUGACCUAGCUGUAAGCAGCUCAUGGGCAAGGCUCCAGUUAGUAUAAGUGUGUGGUUACGCUGCUGCAGACAGGACUGGUGACCUAGCUGUAAGCAGCUCAUGGGCAAGGCUCCAGUUAGUAUAAGUGUGUGGUUACGCUGCUGCAGACAGGACUGGUGACCUAGCUGUAAGCAGCUCAUGGGCAAGGCUCCAGUUAGUAUAAGUGUGUGGUUACGCUACUGCAGACAGGACUGGUGACCUAGCUGUAAGCAGCUCAUGGGCAAGGCUCCCGUUAGUAUAAGUGUGUGGUUACGCUGCUGCAGACAGGACUGGUGACCUGCCUGCAAGCAGCCUUGCAGUUGAAUAUCAAGGCUGCAGACAAGAUAAGAGUGUAGCACACGGAUCCCAAGAACGAAGGAUUUGUAGUAUUAAUGCUUCAGGGACAGGAUAGAAUUACCACUGAACUUGAGGCAUUACAUUGCAGCAAUUUCAGGACUGCAAGCCAGAUAAAGAAGCAGUAAAAUAACUACAAGAAUUAUGAUGGCACAGGGCUUGUGCUAAAGAGUAUAGGUGGAAGAUCGUGGCUGCAUUCAGGAAAGAGGUGCAGGGAAAGGGCUGUACACAAGAAAGAGGUGAAAUGACAAGGAUGCAGGAAGAUCAAAGGUUUGGAGAUGGAGAAUUAUGCCGGAUAAAUGUGAAAUUACACAAGUGUGGGUAGGAUGGAGGUGUAGGAACACAACUAUAGACACAAUGAACUUUCUGCAUUUGGCCUGCUGUUUGGUUGAAGGUAUAAUUACAUGCAGCAUGUUGUCAAAUUGGUGAUAGUGCUGAAAACGGAAUAGGGGUGCAGGGUGCAGGUUUCACCCAGUAUCCUCCUUAAGGAUUGUGUAUCUACUUAGUUAAAUAAAUGUUCUGUAUUUUCUAUAAAACAAAGUAUUAAAGUAACCAGAAAUCUUUUAAUAUAA